AUGGAUACACUGGGACAGAUCAUCUCCUUAGGCCACCUUGUCUACACACAGUGUGAAGAGAUGGAGUACUGCCAGAACCAGUGCCAGCGCUUGGGGGAACGCGUCCGUGGCCUGUUGGUGCCGCUGAAGAUGCUCCAGGACCAUGGAGAGAAGACGCUGUCCGCCCCGCUAACGGAGGCCCUGCUCCGUUUCCAGACAGUCCUGGAGGAGGCGAAGAAGCGGAUGGAAAAAUUCAACAAUAAAUCGCACAUCCUCAAGUUCCUAAAGGCGAGGAAAGACAGAAUACUCUUCGGUGACGUCAGCAAGAGACUGAGAGAUGUCUGCGAGGAGCUCUCGCUGCUGCUGCAGGCUGACCAACGGAGGCUUCUUGUAAACACCUUACAUGGGAGAUCCUGGCAAAAGGAAGAUCUGCAGGAUGCAGAGAAAGACAGCCACUUGAAGAAACCCAUGAAGGAGCUCCCACAAGAACACAUCAAGGAGAUUAGGAGGGAGGAGCUUUCGGGGUCCCCCUGGAUUGAGCUAAGGAAAAGUAAAUACAGCACCCUGUAUAAAGGAGAGUACUGCAAAUGCCCAGUGGCCAUCAAAGUGUUCAACAAGUCCCAGGGCAGCAGCAGACAUGUGAAGAGUACUUUUCAUAAUGAGAUCAGAACCAUGAAAAAAUUUGACUCCCCCAACAUCCUGCGUGUGUUUGGGAUUUGCAUUGAUGAAACAGAGCAUCCCACCCAGUUCUGCAUUGUCAUGGAGCACUGUGAACUGGGGACCCUUCGGGAACUGCUGGAUGAGCAACAGAACCUGGACUACGGUGGGCGCAUCUUCUUGUGUUUGGAGGCAGCCAAAGGCUUGUACAGUCUGCACCACUCCGAAGACCCUGAAUUACACAGGAACAUUAGCAGCUCCAGCUUCCUGGUCGCUGAAGGCUACCACGUGAAGCUUGCAGGUUUUGAAUUGAGCAAAACACAGACUUCCAUCAGUCGGGAAGCUAAGGAGAAAAGAGCAGAGCCCGUCAGUUAUGCUGCCUACAUCUCACCUCAGGGACUGAAAAAUGUGUUUCAUAAAUAUGAUGUGAAAGCUGAAAUAUACAGCUUUGGAAUUGUCCUCUGGGAAAUCACCACUGGGAAGAUCCCGUUUAAAGGUUAUGAUUCUAGAAAGAUCUUCGAGCUGGCGCAGUCAGAAUGGUACCAGGAGCCUCUGGGGAAGGACUGUCCUCCAGGCCUGCAGGAGGUCGUUGAUGAAUGCAGAGCCUAUGAGCCUUCCAGGCGACCCUCUGUGGAUGAAAUCGGCCACUUGAGCAGCCUCAACGGUCCGGGCAGAGAGGUGCCCAAACGCCCGCUUCUUGUGGGUUGCUGGGGAGACACCGGAGGUUGGGAUGAGAAGGCGACGAGGGAAGGGAAUUUGGGGCGAUCCCCGGAAGUGUCCCAGUGCCCAGACCCCCAGACUCCGUUUGCCUGCACCCCAGAGCGUGCGGGCGAUGGUUACAAUCACGGGGACCAAGCCUUGUAA